CAUAGAUUUCUUCGAGGACGUGCGUUGUUGUAUUGCAGAAAAAAAAAUAUAAUUAAGUUUUGCAAAGGAUAAUGAUUUCUAUUUGAUAUAAAGAUUAAUUUAAAUCAGAAGAGUCGUGAUAAAAUGGCUAAGGAAGGAGAUAUGUCGCUGUUCAAUGACGUUUUAGAGCCAUUCAGGCGAGUAAUAAAUACGGACCCGCCGAAAGACAAAUUGUCGUCGGCGACGAAAUUGAAUUUUUCUGAUAGUAACCAGUCUCUGAAAGAAGGGCUCACUAACCUAUUGUCCCUUGGUAAACGAAAGUCUAGCAUUGGCAUGAACGAUGUCUGUACUCCUGAGAAACGUAUGCGGACGGACUCAUCAUCCACGCCGACUGCGCCGCCCUCGCCUUGGGAGGCCAAGCGGCUGAAAAUUGAUCUGAUAGCAGCAAAGGCCCAGAUAGCAAAACUGGAGUCCCGCAUAAACCAAUCGCACACAAUUCGUAAAGAGAUGCAGAUUCUAUUUGAGGAGGAGAAAGGCUCACUAAUGGAGCAACACAAGAGAGAUGAGAGAGCUCUCUCUGACAUGGAAGAUAGGCUGCAACUCAUUCGGAGGAGAGAACAGGAACUGAAGGAUGAGUAUAAUGAGGCUGUGAAAGAACACAAAGAGCACAAAGCGCACUGGGACAAAGAGAAGGCAGAGUUACAUAAGCAGAUAGCUGACCUGAGAGAUAAGCUGUUGGAGUGUAAUGUUAGCAGCAAGGACCAGCUCUCCGAGAUGAAGAAGGAUAUGGACGAGCUGCUGCAAGCUUUAGAAGGAGCACAAUCGGAAGUAGAAAUGUUGAAGACCGAGGUAGCCAAACAGACCAGCAGGGCAGAACAGUGUACAACCCUGAGGAAUCAGCUGGAGAAGCAGAGCUUUGAGCUGCAGAGCGUCACUAACAAGCUGAAGGAGUUGGAGUACGAGAGAGACUCUUACAAAGACUGGCAACAACAGGCUAAGACUGCACAAAAACGCCUAACAAACAUGGCGGAGUUAGAGAAGGAAGUGGCUCGGCUGCGUGCACAAGAGAGAUCACUCAGAGACUCGGCUUGUAACAAGCUUUUGUUGGAGGAACAAGUGCAUGUGCUGCAGUCCAGGGUCGAUGCUCUGCAGCCGGUGCAGAACGACUUGCAUGAAGCUAAGGUGAAACUAGCAUCCCUAGAAUCCCAGCUGGAGGAAUGGAAGGCAGCCGCUCGUACGCAUGGCGUGGAGAACGCGCGGGCGCUAACCAGCGCUUUAGACUCCGCGCUCAACAGCCAGCUCAAUGCCACCGCCGCCUCCUCGCAGGCACACUCUCAGCUGGCACAACUUACUGAGGAAGUGGCAUCAGUAAAGUUCGAGCGCGACAAGGCGACGGGCAAGCUGAACGAGUUGGUCACUGUUCGCAAGAACCAGGAGAGUCUCAUACAUCGCCUGCAGAAGCGGCUGCUGCUCGUCACUCGCGAGAGAGACAGCUAUAGACAGCAGCUGGACUGCUACGAGAAGGAGCUGACGGUGUCACUGUGCGGCGAGGCGGGCGCGGGCGGCGCGGCGCUGCUGGCGGCGCGCGUGGAGCAGCUGGAGAAGGCGCUGCAGGCCUACCGCGACCUGCUGGCAGCCCACGACCAGCCGCAGCAUGUCAGGCUGGUAGAAACUUUACGUGCGGAAUCAAGCAAAUGGCGCGAGGAAGCAGAGACGCUGAAGCGCGACGUGGCCAAGCUGCGCGCGCAGAGAGACACGCUGCAUGCCAAUCUUGAACGUAUUGGUGCACAGGCGCAGACCAAGGUGCUGCAUUUAACGAACAACCCUGCAGCUGAAGCUCACAAACAAAUGCAAGUAGACCUGGAAGCUGCUCAAGAAGAGAUAAAAAGGCUAAAAGCAGCGUUGAGAGAUGGCGGCACUUCCCGCGCCUGCCCAGAGGAAAUGCAACAAUUACGACAACAGUUGGAGAGUAGCCGUAUUAAACUUAAAAGAUUGAAAGAAGAAUUCACUUCCUCCGCUCAAGAGUAUAGAGACGUGUGUUAUAUGUUAUUAGGUUAUAAAAUUGAUAGAACAGGACAUAAAAAUUACAGAAUAUCAAACAUGUACGCAGAAUCUUCCGAGGAGUACCUAACAUUUACACUAGACGACGACGGCAUAGAGAUGGUCCAUACCGAUUAUUCGGCGACUUUAGGCGAAUUAGUCGAGUUGCACUUACAUCAGCACCGCUCUAUUCCUCUAUUCUUAAGUGCUCUCACUAUGGACCUGUUUACAAGGACUACUAUGCAGCAAGUUCAAUAGACAAAGGUACUAGAGGUGUACCGUGCACUUGUCACUUCGUCAUCCGUCACAUUAGUAUUUAAAUAUGGAUUUUUUUAACCUAUCUGAUUGUUGAAUUGCGAUAAAAGAUUGUAGUUUGACAUAAGUUCCAUGUAAAUUAUGUCAAAUUUUAAUCUCUAAUCGAAAAACAUCGGAUAGGUUAUAGAAUUCGGAGUGUGUCUAUAGUCACAAUUGUUUUGUCUAUGGUUGUAUGUAAGUGGGAUUUGAAGUCUCUAGUGCUCGGUAUACCUUUAUUUUUCUUAAUAAGUGAGAAUGAUAAUGUUAUUCAAUUGUUAACUAGCUUUGAUCGCCAUUUUUCUCCUAAUUAGUGUUGCCGCUUGGAAUAAAUGGUGACACUAUAAAAGGUUAAGUAUCUGUACUAGUGUCACUAUUUAGAACAAGUGACAAGUUAGCAUAGACAAUCUUUGAUCUACCCGCUCUUCCAAUUAUUCCCAUAGCCCGCUAACCUCUUUCCCUCUAAUAAGUACUGUAUAAAUAUAUAAAUAAAUCAAUUAAUAAUAAAACUUUGUUAAAAUUUUCAUAUCGACAUAUUUUAUAAACUGUUGCAACAUUGCAUACUUUGAAAUUUAAAUAAAAUAGAUUAAGAUUUUUGACUUCUCUUGGCUAGUACUAGUAGAUAUUUGGAUGAUGAACAUAAUUUGAUGUAUAAAUAGUAAUAAUAGCUUAAUCAUUGUAAGUAAAUCGUAAUAUUGGAUUGAAAUGGCCGAUGACUUGAUAUGUAUUUUCAUAAAGCAAAUCACAAUAUUUGUCGUUAUAUAAAAUUAUUAUUAUGAGCCGACAUCCCAGUGAAUAGACGAUAGCAACGUUUUCUAUGUGAGAUGAGAAGCACGCAAUAUUGGCACGAAAUUAUAUGCUUAUAAGGUCGAAGUUAGUGUGACAAAAAUUAUUCAAUUGCCAAAUAUAGAGGGCAUUAGUAUCGCUUGUAGGUAAAUUAGGGUUUUGAAGCCAUUUUCAAUGUUUUAAUCGAUAUAACUAAUGUGAAAAUAUAGUACAAAUUUAUUCCUAGAUACAAUUUUAACCAAGGAAAAUUUAUUAUAGGCCAAAAAGGUUGCCUUCAUCUUCAUAAUUUAAAUUAAAUUAUAAUUGAUAUCAGUAAAAUAGAUUUAAAUUGCUUCUCGUUCGGUGAUAUCAAAAAUAAUCAGUUGUUGUUACUUUAAUAUAAAUCAAAUAUUCAAUUUCGUCGCGUUAAAAAAAUAUUAUAUUGAUUGAAAUUACAGCAAUAAAGCGUUGGUGAAAAAAGGAAAUUAGAAUUUUAAAUGGUAUUAGUAGUAAUAGAUAAAAAUAUAACAAAUGAUUUUUCAUACUUUGGAAAAGAGAAUAGAUACGAACAGAGAUAUUUACGGAUAGACGGAAUAUAUAUUUACUUAUAUCAUUAAAGUGCCUUUUCAUUGAUUGAAGAUGUUUAUACGAAAGCCGUUUUGAGAAGAUUUUAAUGUUUAUUUGUACCGUACAGUGUGAAAAAUUACGCAUCAUAUUGGUAAGGUGUAGUUUGAACCUGUUAAGAUUUGGUUUUUUUCCACUUUUCACGCUUUUUUUUUAUUUUAUUAAAAUUGUAUAAAAUUCAAGUUUUUUUCCAAAUUGAUUCUUGUACCGAGUAUAGGGUAUAGUUAGAAUGGCAGUCAUUAAUCUUAUUAAAUUAAUAGUAUUAGGCGCCAACUCGAAACCAAGAUGGCGUACUAAUAUAAAUAUUAUUCGCAGCGUCACCUCAUAGCGUGCUAUCGUCUAUACAUUGUGGCUGAUUGAGAUCCCCGUCUUAUGAUGAAGAGGUUAAAUAGCUGAUCUGUGUAUAAUGUGUUGUUCGUUACUGAGGGUGCUGGUCAUUUUUGGAGUUGGCAACAUUGCGAUUUGAGUUCGUACAAGCGUUCGAAAAUAUCUUUUCUUACUCCGUGGUACAUUGGUGCAUUGUCUUUGUAUGACUUGGCGACUAUUAAGCGCUUCUAAGCUUUCGCAUACUACUCAGUAGACAGAUUUUCAAAACAAAAAUGGCGGUUACCACCAGUAACGAGCACACUUCAUUGUUAACAUUAAGCGUUCCGUUCAACGCUGCGUAAUAAUAUAAAUAAAUAUGUUUGUUCCUGUAUUUUGCGAUAGUCUAAAAGUGUCAAAAGGUAAUGUAUUUGUGCUAGCUCGUAAGAUUCUGUUGGUAGUGCGUGAAAGUCCUAGGUGUAGUCGUUGAAAAGACCGAGUGAGUACUGUGAGGGAUUAUUCUUAUCUGUCCAGAUGUAGUUACGUUAACUCUCAUUAAUUUUUUAGUCAUCAGUUUGUAAUACCAAGAUAAAAAUAAAUAAUUUCCAAUAUUCACAAAUGGUGCUUUAAUAGUAAUACAGUAGUUUACGAUAUCAAGGUAAACUUUUCUUGAUUUACAUACCUACCUUUAUAUAUUACAUGAGAGGUCAGAAUAAUUCUUCACAGUACUAUCCCACUAGCUAGAGUAACGUGUAAUAUACUUAGCACUUAUUAGUUAUUAGAAUCAUUAUUUUCAUUAUUUAAUUAUAAAGGGUCCGCUUCAUUCCGGGAUAGGAUUUCUCUGCCAGAAUAAUUCAUAAAUAGCAUGUCAUUUUUAUGAAAUUUUCUGGUGGACUUAAGCCGGGGCCCGUGAAACGGAUAUCAAUUAUAAAUUAUAACACCAACAGCAAUAAUUGUAAUUCUGUAGAAGUUAAAGCUAUAUGCAAUAUAGGGGUGGAUUGUACCAUGAGACUGACAAUUUAACCAAAUCACACAUAGCCUUGAAAUCGUUGCUUUGCCCAAUCAACAUCAAUUUCACGGCUGGUUAUGGCUUGGUUAUCGUUAUAGUAACAUGGUACAACCUACUCUAAGUUUCAUUACAUCGUUAUCGUAAGAAAAUGUUCCAUUGUAAGAUAAGUAUAAUAUACUUAAGUUAAAUCAGUAACAGUUCAUAAGUUUUGUACUUCAAUAAUAAAAUGUAUUGUCAAUGUUAGCCGACAUUCCUUAUAAUUUGAUGGUGUGAUGUGAUAGCACCGUUGUGAACACCCCUUUUGAAAUAAUAAAGGUGUCUCGUGUCAA